UCCUAUGGUAACUUGGCGACUGUCGAUUCGGCAGUGUGCUUUUUUUGGCGUUUUGGAGGAGAAAUCUCAUCUAACAACCUUUUUAUACAUACUUCUGAAAGUUUAUAACCUUGGUCAUUCGCUUUUGCGCUAACGCACUGCAACGGUUUGUUGAUAAAACUUAAUAUUGGACAUUGUUUUGUACAUCUUCAUGCUUGUUGAUUCGUGGAUAUUUAUAUACUAACAAUUACUUUCAUUUUUAAGAUUCCUAUUUAAUGAAUUGCUAGGCAUUUAUCUUCUCAUCAAUUAUGGCUUCUGUCAUUUGUGGACUUCUGACUCUUCUCGUCACUUUCAUCAUCCAUGUUUCUUCUGCUCCUACUUGCACUGGAAAAUCUUCUUGUGGUGGGCAGUCCCAGGUGUCCAGCUAUCCAGGACACUGGCCAUCCAACUAUUGCAAAGUGAACAAUGUUGUAUUUAGCACUGGAGAUCGUGUCUUACGUGUGGAUGGUGAUAUUCAAGAGUUAGACAAGUGCCAUAAAGUUCGUGAUGUAUGGAAAUUUGAAUCAUCCAGUACAGGACAGCAAGUGAAUAACAUUGUUUGUGAUCAAGUCUUCACUCGGGGACAUUUUUUCACUACUUACUAUUUCCAUGGAAGUAAUUAUUUCCAUCUCCAUUAUGAUACCAUGUUGCCUUUGUUUGUUGCCCUGCAUCAAGAUAUAAAUAAGUUAUCCAGUGGAAUGAAAGAUGUGACUUUGCUGCCUGGAAUUGAAGUUAACAGAGGAGAGGGCAUUGAUUGGGAUACUGAUGCUUUUGAUGACCAGAAUUCUUACUGGAUGCAAAUGCUCCAAAUGCUUUCAAAACCUCAUAGAUUGUUACCUCUAGAUCGUAAAUUAGCGGGAAUCAACAAAACAAUUUGCUUUCAAGAAGCUUAUUUUGGGACUCCAAAGGUGGAUUUUAGCAGCCCUGACUUAUUGCAAUCAUAUGCUGAUUUUGCCAAAAAAACAUUUGGAAUAAAACCAAUUAAGAGUACAGAUAAGACCGGAAAGCCCAAAAUUGGUCUCAUUCAUAGAGAAGGACGAAGGAAAAUUCUUAAUGAAGAUGAACUUAUUAAGAGCAUUGCUUCAGUUGCUAGUGUUGAUGUUCUUGAUUUCUCCCAAAUGUCUGUUAAAGAACAGAUUCAAAAAGUGCAGCAAUACAAUGUGCUGAUUGGUAUGAAUGGUGCUGGAUUAGUGAAUGCUUUAUACUUGCCAAAAACCAGUGUAGCUGUACAACUGGUGCCAUACAAAGCUCAACUAAAUGUUGAAGAAUUUGCCAAUCUUUUGAAAACUCGAGGCCCUUACCUAGAAUGGCACAAUAACCAUCCAGAACUUGAUCGCCGAAUUCCAGAAGAUAUUUUUCGAAAUGGAGCUGAUACUAUUGUUGAUGCGAAUGAAUUUGUCCAAAUUGUAAACAGAGCUCUUCAGAUGUACAAGGAAAGUUCAAAAAGUUAAACCACAGUUUUUUCAGCUUUCAUUUAAAAAAAAAAAAAAUUGUGAUAGAUUAUUUCUUGGUGAGACAGACACAUUGUAUUUUAAUCCAGCAAGAAUUAUGUUCAUGUAGCUUGUACCAAGAUAUUUAUAUAUUGACAUAAUGUUGAUCUUGAACUAUUUUGCCAGAAUUUAUUUUGGUUAUUGUUAGUUAAUGUUUCUUCUGAAAGAAAAAGAUUUUUUUAACAGCAUGUUAGAAAAGAUUUCAUAGAUUAAAAAAAAUUUCUUUUUAUAAUACAUAUUAUAUAAAAGAAAACAUUUUAUUAUAAAUGUUUUAUGAAAUAAUUAUGGAGUACAAAAUGGGUUGUUAAUUAAUAUAAAU